ACACAGCUUAUUUUUCCAAUAGCUAUCAACGCUCUUUAAAAACUCAGAACUUGCUCUUGAUGGCUUCGCCUGCCACUGGCGACGCGCCCAAUGGUGUCUCAACUCCACCAACCAAUCCACAGAACUUGGGAGGCCCAAGUCCGCCGACAACUCAAACUUCAGCGACCGUUGAAGCGAACCCAGUUAUUAACACGAAUGCAGCGCUCCCUGAGGAGCCGUUGACAUCACUGAAUUUUGAAGCCUUGUCGAAUAAGAGGCCCCGCGAUGCGCGACUGAUUCAUCUGGUGCUCGCCGCACAAGGUGUCCAAGGAUAUCAAGAACGAGUUCCGCUUAUGAUCAUGGAUUUCGCAUACCGCUACACCUCCUCUAUCCUCUCUGACGCGUUCCAAUUCUCAAAUGAUGGUUAUUACAAAACUUCCACUGGCCGCGGUGCUGACAAAGAGCCUAACAUCACUCUUGACCACCUGCGUUUGGCCAUUUCAGCGCGAAGCCACUUCCAGUUCCAGCCAAGCCUGCCCAAGGAUUACUUGCUGCAGCUUGCUGCGGAAAAGAACAAGGUCGCACUGCCGAAGCCGGAAAGGGACUUUGGGUACAGACUGCCACCAGAGAAAUAUACCUUUACCGGGGUGGGAUGGGGAUUGAAAGAGGAAUGGGACGAAGAGGUGACAGACGAUGGGGCCGGCGACGAGACGAUGGGUGGGAUUGAAGGAGGCACGGCAGAUCAAGAGGAGGUUGAUCAGCAGGAAUUUGAGGAAGCUAUGGGCACGGGAGGUGGUGAUACUGCCAUGACGGACGUCUGAGCACGUGUUCCGUUUGAUAUUCAUGUAUAAAUUCAAGGCGUUCAAGGUUACAGAUGUUGGCAUCAAAGCAUCGGGAGGCGCAGGUUGGGUUGUUUGAUAAGGGUAUUGGCAUGCACAAUUACCGAGAGUUCUCACAAAUGCACACAGCAACCCAGAUAUUGUUCGCAAUUCAAGUGGAGAGAGUUCCUCCUUCGACCAACAUCGGUCGACGCAGUCCCAAUGAAACGCCAUCGCUAUGCAUAUAAUCUUACAAUCUUUUCACGAUGAUGGUGCUAGAAGCCAAGCGCACGAUAGACGACCUCAGAACUUCGAGAUGCGCUCUGAGCUCAAAAGACAAAAAAAGAUAGAAGAC